AUGAGAUUCCCGUGCUUGCAGGUUCUGCAGACCUACGCUGCCCAAGCCAAAGCGCGCGAGGAAGCAGAGGAGGCCCAGAUCCAAGGGCAACAAGCGGUGCCAGAAGUGGUUGCAGGGGGCCGCCAAAUCUGCUACGCGACAUGUAUUCCGUGGCACAUCGAUUCGCAAAGUUGCGACACAAAGAGCUGUCACGUUGCGGCUCAGACUUCUUUGAUCCACGCCAGGCGCACCUGGGCGCAGAAGGCUCCGAGGUCUGGUCAUCUCGGGACUCAGUUCGGCCUGUAG